AUGCCUCCUCGUGCAGUAGCCAGUCCCAAGAAGAAAAGGUCCAAGCGCAAAGCUUCUGAUGCUUCAAAGGCUAGCUUACUGAAGAAGCCCCAUGCAGCAAAUCCCAUUGAAAUUCCUAGCAUGCCGCUUGUAUCUCUUGGUCUUACCAAAGUUGAUGCAGCGGACGCUGCUCCUCGACAUUCUGGCCACCCCAAUGCAGGAACAGGGGGUAGGAAUGCCCAGCUGGAGAAAAUUGGGGUAGUGUUAGAGGCUAAGUCCUGGAAUCAGAAACCCAAGGGCACCACAUCUCUUGGUAUGGUCAAUCCCAUGAACCCUCAGGCUCCAGAACCACAUCGUAAAGGCCAAAAGAAUCGUCAGAAGGUGCUCCCCCCGCCAUACAGUCCUGACCCCUUGGACUUCAGUGCCAGCCCCCAGGUGCCUUAUUUUUUAUUGCAGCAAAAUGGCAGGAGGUUUGGUUUUGUGGCUUCAACCACCACUCGUGUUGUCCCUCCUGGCACAGAGCCCAAUCCUCAAGUCUUGAAUAACCCAUAUCUUGAGCAGCACAAUCAGAAUACUUUCACUGAUCACUCCUGCAGUUCACAACCUCAAACAACUGCUACCUUGUCAGAUUACAAUAUAGACCCGGCCCUGCAUAAGGAGGGUGACAUCGCUAGGCAAGGACUUCAUGCAAGGCUGGUAGGAUCCGAUCUGGAGGACAGCGACUCUAGCGGUAGCAGUACCGACACUGACAUUGACAAAGACAAUGACAAAGAGGGUAAGGACAAGGGCAAGGGUGAGGACAAGGACAAGGACAAGGACAAAGGAGACAAAGGAGACAAAGGAGAGAAUAAUGAAUCCCAGUUUGGUUGGGGGGAAGCUCACCAACGGCAGAAGGGACAUCCAGGAUUUUCGGCUGAAGGACUCCCUACUCAGGCUCGAGUUGCUCACCCUCUGACACCAGACUUUGAAUUUCAAUACUCAUGCAAUGAAGAUGAAGACUCUGCCCGGAUGCAUCUCAACAACAGCAACCAGCCUCUGGGCACCUUACCAGGAGUGCAGCAGGAACAAUCAGAUCCUCAGACUAACACCUCAAAGGCUGAGGAUGUAUUGAAGCACCACCAUAAGAAAAAUGGUCAGCCUCACCUUCCCAACCCUGAAAUGCUCCAGCUGUUGAAUCAAGUGGCGGAGUCUGUUGACCAAGUUCAGCACCAGUCAAAAUCCAAGAAACCCAAGGGAUCUGAUGGGCUGAGGCCUGAUCAACUGGCUUGGUAUGGACCACACUGGAAAAGUUUUCUCGAGGAGGCCAAAGGAGAGUGUCACAGGCAGCAUGCCCUGGAAAACCCAUUCCCACCUUUAGUCAAGGAGAUGCCAGGAACCAUCUCCGAGGUUCUACUUUCAGUUCUGGUCACAUGGGACAAGAACAGUAGACAGUUUGAAGCUGGGAUCUGGCCAGAGCAGCAAUAUAACAUGAUGCGAUUGUUGUAUGACGACCUGUCAACUUGGCAGUCUGAUCUGAAGAAGACUGCAAUAAACAUUGUGCCACUAUCAUACUUGCUUUUGCCUCCACCUUCAGUUCCUCCUCAACAACAUGCAACUUGGGUUGAAAAUGCUGCUAAAAAUUUACUCCAGGGUGGUUUGUAUUUACAGUUUGGAAUAGACAAGAAUGGGCAAACAAGGAACUUGGCUAAUCCUGCCCUCCACAAUGCAUCCAUUGCUUGUUUUUUACACAGGACCUUACCGGAUUGCAUGGAGGCAGCCAGAUCAUUUUCACACACAAUUGCCAAUAUCAUGCUUAGCCUUAGUUGCCACAGUGGUGAUUUCCACUGCGUCUUUGAUGGUCUUGAGAAGAAUGGUAAUGGUAAACAUUAUCCGAAUUUCUCCUCGAAGAAAUACUUGCCGAUCUACCAGAAAAUGCUCGACAUCAUCAAAAAUACCCUCAAGGACAAAUAUCAUGGCCCUAGAUUGUCAGCACAACUUCAAGAAUGGGCUGAAGCCGGAUGGGCCGAAAAUCUCAAGCUUGAUGGUGGCACUAUGGAGGCAAGACAUGACCACCUCCAGGUUAUUCUGGACUAA